AUGAGGCUCUCUCACACGACCGGCUUGCGCCUUGCGCACUCAUGGCAGAGAUGCCUCAGACCAUACUCAUCGGCCGCUCCGUCGCCCUCUGCUCGUUUGAACCUGCCAGUUGAUUACAAGACGACACCUCUAUUACACCAUGCACCUGCGUCGCUGAGCACCUCGAAAGAACUGCCGCAGUCGGCUACGACAAAACGUCUGAACUUUUACCAGGCCAUCAAUUCGGCUUUGAAAACGGCCAUGUCGGCGUCCGAUCAAGUCAUUCUGUUCGGAGAAGACGUCGCUUUUGGUGGUGUGUUCCGUUGUUCAAUGGACUUGCAGAUGGAGUUUGGGUCGGAGAGGGUUUUCAACACGCCCUUGACGGAACAGGGCAUUGUCGGAUUCGCCAUCGGCGCCGCUGCUCAGGGCAUGAAGCCCGUCGCCGAAAUCCAGUUUGCCGACUAUGUUUACCCUGCCUUUGACCAGAUCGUCAACGAGGCAGCCAAAUUUAGAUAUCGUGAAGGAACUACCGGAGCCCAUUCUGGAGGUCUGGUCAUCAGAAUGCCGUGUGGUGCUGUUGGACAUGGUGCACUAUAUCAUACUCAAUCCCCGGAGUCCUUGUUCGCUCAUGUCCCAGGUGUUCGUGUGGUUAUGCCACGCUCUCCCACGCAAGCUAAAGGACUGCUGUUGUCCUCGAUCCUCGAAUGCAACGACCCUGUUAUUUUCAUGGAGCCAAAGAUCCUCUAUCGGGCAGCUGUCGAGCAUGUUCCCGUUGAUUCAUACACGAUACCUCUGAGCAAAGCAGAGAUCGUGAAGCCAGGCUCAGAUUUGACAAUCAUAUCUUAUGGACAGCCGCUGUAUCUGUGCUCGCAAGCAAUUGCUGCGGCGGAGAAAGCACGGAAGGGCCUAAACAUAGAGCUUAUUGAUUUACGAACAAUUUACCCUUGGGACCGAGAGACUGUAUUGGAAAGUGUCAGGAGGACAGGAAGGGCAAUGGUGGUCCAUGAAAGCAUGAUCAACUACGGUGUAGGCGCCGAGGUGUCAGCUACUAUUCAAGAAGGCGCCUUUUUGCGUCUCGAGGCUCCAGUGAAGCGGGUUGCUGGGCUGACCACGCAUACAGGGCUGGCAUUCGAGAGUUUCCUCAUGCCAGACGUAGCCAAAAUUUACGACGCCAUUAUACAGACAGUUGAUUAUUAG